AUGGAGAGUGACCUCAGAAGUUCUACAACCAAUCAGAAUCGCAGAUGGAACACCUCCGUUCCUUAUGAGCUGGCAAGAAGCCUUGGGUAUGAAAACAACUUUGAAAAAGUCAGUGAAGAUUUCUCCAGCCUCCUUAAUACAUCAUAUGACUACACAUCUGUCAUGCAUUAUGGGGAAAACUUUUUCACCAACGGAAAUGGAUCCACCAUCCUCACAAAGAACCCAGAGUUUCAAGAUGUGAUCGGCAACAGUGUUGAAAUGAGUCCCACGGAUGCACUGGAACUCAACAGGCUCUACCGUUGCAAUGCGUCAGUCACCUUGAGGCAAAACUGCAGCUUUGAGGAUGAGAGCAUGUGCGAGAUGACGGUCUGCUCCAGGGGUUCACCUGAAUGGCAGACAGUGAGUCGAACUGAUGGAGGUCCCCAUUCUGACCACACGUACCUGGGCACCGAGAAACAGGGUAGUGGCCUCUUCAUGCACUUCAGCACUGUGAAAGGAAACAAAGGGGAUUCCUCCAGGCUCAUAACCAAGAGGAUGACUCCAACUAGACCAUGCCAGAUCCAGUGCCUUCAGUUCUACUAUUACUACAGUGGGAACAAAAUGGAUCAGCUCAACAUCUGGAUCAGGGAGUUUGAAAGCAAAGACGAUGUGGAGGGAACUCGCAGGCUGAUGGGACAGAUAACAGGAUCCCCAGCUGAUUACUGGCAGCUCCACCAUGUUCCCCUGAACGCCUCUAAGACCUUCCAGGUGGAGUUUGAGGGCCGCAAGGGAUCAGGGUCUUCAAGCGGGGGCUUCUCGGUGGACGACAUCAACCUCUCAGAGACCGAAUGUCCCCAUCACACAUGGCAGAUCCGGAACUUUGAGGAGCGUUUGAACAGUAGUGCUCGCAGCGAAAUAUAUAGCCCAAGAUACUACACCACUGAUGGCUACGGCUAUCAGAUUCGUCUGUCUUUGAGGUCAACGUAUUUUGGCCUGUAUUUACGCCUGGUGUCUGGAGACUAUGACGACCAGCUAGAGUGGCCUUUUGCAUGGAGACAGUUGUCUUCCAUAAUGGUGGAUCAGAAUCCACGCAUGCAGAUGCACAUGUCUAAGCUGAGGACUAUAACCACCGAUCCAGGAGCGAUGAUCAAUGCAGAGCAGUCCUUGUGGGAUAACCCUCGUGAGGUUGGAACACUUACCGAGGUCAAUGGUGAGACUUUUUACGCCUCGUACGCUGUUGGACGUUCAACUUUCAUGACACUGGAUGACCUACGGAAAAGAGACUUCCUGAAAGGAGGUGAUGCAGUCAUCUCCUUUUUCAUGCAAGAUAUCAGACCUCUCUUGACAAACAACUCUUUGCCCUGCCCUGGAAUUCCACAGCAAAACUUCACAUCGGUUCCUAAGGAUAGUGAUUACUCCUGUUCAAGGGUUACUACUACCACCAGUCCACCCACCACUACCACUCCAACCACCACCACUAGUCCACCCACCACCACUACUACUACCACCAGUCCACCCACCACUACCACUCCAACCACCACUACUACCAUUACCAGUCCAACCACCACUACUACCACUACAACAACCACAACUUCAACCACCACUACCACCACGGAGGGGCCUGAUGUGGAUGGCAACUGUGACAGCUUUUUCUGCAGCUUCUCUCCAAAGACGACAUGCUGCCCCCUCGUCCUGCUCUUCACUUUACUCCUGUUGUUGACUCACUGAUGCCCUCCACGGGCUAUGUAGCCUAUCUGCUCUAUAUGGUCCAUAUCAGGGAAAUGUAAAAUCCUUUCCUUUCUGAUGGGGCUUAACAAAGAAUUAUGUUACUUGAUGCACUUGGAUCUUCGCGUGUGAAGAUAAUUGGUUACAGAGUAUCUAUGUAAAUUCAGACAUUAAAGGUAGAGUGUGUAAUGCUUUUAGCAGUUUAUUUCCAGAAUGCAUGCUGCUCAUUCACAAAUGUCACCUAUUUCACAUACUACACCAGCACCACCAAAUUCUAACUAUUUAUUAUGAAUGGAAAAAAAUAACUUUUCAUACACGAAAAGGUGGAUCUUCUCCAUGGCCGCCAAUUUGAAUUUUCUGUAAUAGACAGUUUAGCUGCAAAACUUACUGUACUUUGUUCAUUCUAGUAAAUGUUAGUUUAUUUGUAAAUAUUCAUGAAAGGAUCAAAUUAGGGAAUAGGCAGCACAGUCGUAAUGAGCAGCAUAGUUGCAAUAGCCAACCUAUACGCUGGCCGCAAUCCUACUCUACCUUUAAAGGUUUUAAGGGGUUUUAUGUACAUAUUAAUUCUGUUUAUAAUUUGUUUAAGACUGUGCAUAGAAUUAAUAAUUACAUUUUAGGACUUAAACAAGGAAAACCUUUAUUAUUUAUUGUGUCCAUAUUUAGAAUAGCUGUCUGUUUCAGUCAGGUUGGAGUACAGUCAGUUUGCAUAGAAUGCAUAGGGAUUUUAUCUCUCGAGUUUGGGGCUUAUCUUUAUCCACUUUGAUUUCUUAUGGAUUUCUGUGAUUUAUCUCAUU